CUGAUUGGGUCUUGGAGACAGGAGGGGGCGGGACGCACGUGACGUCACUGCCCGGGGGGCGUCACCUGUCAGUCUCGGGUUGUGCGGCCGGAGGUGUGAGCUGAUCACUUGCUGUAGGAUUCCUCGUCAGGUUCAUAAAUCUCUGAAAAUCCUAAACUUAUCAAAAUGGCAGCAGAGGGCGAUAAGUUGUGGGGUGGAAGAUUUGUUGGCAGCAUAGACCCCAUUAUGGAAAUGUUCAAUUCAUCAGUGUCAUAUGACCAGAGGAUGUGGUCAGCUGACAUCAGAGGCAGCCAAGCAUAUGUGAAAGCAUUGGAAAAAGCUGGACUAGUGAGCAAAUCUGAAAUGGAACAGAUUGUCACUGGCCUUGAUCAGAUCCAUGAAGAGUGGUCUCAAGGCACAUUUAUACUGACGAAAGCAGAUGAAGAUAUACACACUGCUAAUGAGCGUCGACUCAAGGAACUCAUAGGAGAGCCUGCAGGGAAGCUUCAUACUGGACGAAGCAGAAAUGAUCAGGUGGUGACUGACAUGAGGUUAUGGCUGCGGGAUUCCUGCUCUGUUUUAUACCUGCACUUGACCCGUCUUGUCCGGACAAUGGUUGACAGGGCAGCCAUAGAGGUUGAUAUACUGUUUCCUGGAUAUACUCACAUGCAGAGAGCACAGCCUAUUCGAUGGAGUCAUUGGAUACUAAGCCAUGCAGUUGCAUUGUGUAGGGAUGCUGAGAGACUUGGAGAGAUAAAGAAAAGGAUCAAUGUUCUACCACUAGGAAGUGGAGCAAUAGCUGGGAAUCCCUUAGGUAUAGACAGAGAACUUCUUCGAAAAGAACUUAAGUUUGACUCGGUAAGCUUGAAUAGCAUGGAUGCUACCAGUGAGCGGGACUUUAUAGCGGAAUUUCUUUUCUGGGCAUCUCUGUGCACUACUCAUCUAAGUAAGAUGUCGGAAGAUCUUAUUAUUUACAGCACCAAGGAAUUCAACUUUAUUACCCUCUCUGACUCUUACAGUACUGGAAGUAGUUUAAUGCCUCAGAAGAAGAACCCCGACAGUUUGGAACUAAUCCGAAGCAAAGCUGGACGUGUCUUUGGAAGGUGCUCUGGUUUUCUGAUGACACUAAAAGGUCUUCCAAGCACAUACAACAAGGACCUGCAGGAAGACAAAGAGGCCAUGUUUGACGUUUAUGACACCAUAUGUGCUGUGCUUCAGGUGGCAUCUGGAGUAAUUUCCACAUUACAGAUUAACAAAGAAGCUAUGGAAAAAGCUCUGAGUCCAGAUAUGUUGGCCACAGACAUUGCUUAUUAUUUGGUCAGGAAAGGGAUGCCCUUCAGACAAGCACAUGGAAUCUCUGGAAAAACUGUUCAGCUCGCAGAAACCAAGGGCAUCGCACUCAAUAAACUCUCUCUCGAAGACUUAAAGAGCAUCAGUCCUCUCUUUGCUAGUGAUGUUUCCAAAUUGUGGAACUAUACAAACAGUGUGGAGCAGUACACGGCAGCAGGUGGAACAGCGAAGAGCUGUGUGGUUGCACAGGUUGAACAGAUCAGAAACUGGAUGAAAAAUCACAAGGACCAUUAACAUUAUGAAUUAUCUGUAUUAAGAUGUAAGCAUAUCAGAAGAUACUUCAUACCCUCAGGUAGUUAAUUGUAUAAAAAGUAAUUACAUAAUAUAACAUUAAAUGUCAGAUAUGCUAUCUAGCAUAGUAGGACUGUCAGCAGAUGACCUUAUCCUUUGCCUGGAAUGCUUUGAGAGGAUACAUGCUAAUAUAAGCAGGGGCUCAUAUCCCUCAAUUUCUAGUAAUAAUUCUACAUUAGAGCAUUACAAACUGUGUCAAGCUUCUGCAAACCACUUCAGACCACAGCUUCUUUGUUUCCUCCACCUAAAAUAAAAAAAGGUUUCGAGAAACCAUGAUGAAAAUAGUUGCUCUUUAAUUUUGCCUUUCUCUCCUGUGAAUUAUAUUUUUUCAAUAGAUUUUUUGAAGAAUUUGUAAACUUUAACUAUUUAGCACUACUGAGAAAAAGUAGGGUUGUCACACUUGUUGUCCUGUCAAUAUGCUAGAUAUUUGCACCAAUUACUUGGGCACACACCCUUGUAUAGGAUUUUCUAAAUAGGAAAAUUAAUUUGUCAAUGUAAAAAUUUAUAAUAAAAACAAUAAAAUGUAUUGUGUGUUAUGUUCUAUUCAGUUCUUACAAUGUUUUUUAAAGCC